AUGGGGAGAGAGGUUAGAGGGGAAUUUGGGACCAGGGGACACACGUACACCUGUGUUGAUUUAUGGAGCACAUUUUUUCUAAUGGGAUUCAGUGAUAUUCGGGAGAUUCAGAUCUUUCAUGCUGUGCUCUUUUUGCUAAUUUACCUGGCAGCCCUGCUUGGGAAUCUUCUUAUCAUCACGCUCACCACCAAGGAUCAUUGCCUCCACACGCCAAUGUACUUCUUCCUGAAGAACUUAUCCUUUCUGGAUGUUGGCCUCAUUUCCAUCCCUGUCCCCAAAUCUAUCAUGAACUCUCUGACCAAUGACAACACUAUUUCAUUCCUUGGAUGUGUUUCACAGGUGUUUUUCUUUUUCCUCUUAGCCACUACAGAAGUAGCGCUACUCACAGUCAUGUCCUAUGACCGCUAUAUUGCCAUCUGCCACCCACUCAGGUAUGACAUUAUCAUGAGCCGUGGAGCCUGUGUGCAGAUGGCUGCCUCUUCAUGGCUCAGUGGAAGUCUCAAUGCAAUUCUGCACACAGCUUUUACCUUUUCCACACCCAUGUGUGGAUCUCCUGAAGUUCAUCAGUUCUUCUGUGAUGUCCCACAACUGCUCUCUCUGGCUUGUUCAUUUAACACUGGGGAACUAGUAGUCAUUGGGCUCAGCCUAGUGCUAGAUUUUGGCUGUUUUGUCUUUAUUGAUAUAUCUUACAUUCACAUCUUCUCCACUGUGCUAAGGAUACCUUCCAGAGAAGGCAGAUCCAAAGCUUUCUCCACAUGCUUGCCACACCUCAUUGUUGACUUUCUCUCUUCUGGGUAUUUUGCCUACUUACGCCCAUUACCUAAAUCUCCAUCACUUUUGGAUUUGUUAAUUUCAGUAUUCUAUACUGUGGUGCCACCCACCAUGAACCCCCUUAUCUACAGCCUGAGAAAUAAGGAUAUGAAGAUGGCACUAAGGAAACUGAAAAUAACUGGAUAUUUUCAAUCAAAUUAG